AUAUCAAUAAAGAAAUAACAAAAUAGGAGAAGAACUCGCGGGGGGGAAGAAGAAAACACCGACCUUCGUAAUUUUCUUCUUUCAUUCUUUUUUUUUCUUCUCUUCCGAGAUCCUAAUUCCCAUUUAAAUCGAAUCUUUCAAUCAAAAUUACAAUCGCGUCUCUCCAAAUCAAUCAAAUAACAAUGGCGUCUGAAAAGCAACACAAUCUUGAGGAGACAAGCCCCCUUCUCCACCAACAACAACCACCAAAACACAGCGAUAAUCCGAAAGCUGGCCCACCGCCGCCGCCACCUCCCCACUUCCCCGUCGACUGGACCGCAGAUGGGCUUCCCGUGGGCCACAGCAGCGUCCUCGGUGAGCCCAUGGGCCGCACCCCCUGGAACUCCAGCCUCUGCGCUUGUGUAGGUCAAAACGACCAUUUCUGCAGCAGCGAUCUCGAAGUUUGCCUUCUUGGGGCUGUGGCUCCUUGUGUGCUGUAUGGAAGCAAUGUUGAGAGGCUUACAUCUACUCCUGGGACAUUCGCCAAUCAUUGCUUGCCGUAUUCCGGUAUGUAUGUGAUUGGGAAUUCCUGCUUUGGUUGGAAUUGCCUUGCACCGUGGUUCUCCUAUCCUAGCCGUACUGCCAUUCGUCGCAAGUUCAAUUUAGAGGGAAGUUGUGAGGCACUUAAUAGGUCAUGUGGUGGCUGCUGUGGAAGCUUCUUGGAAGAUGAAGUGCAGCGCGAACAGUGUGAAACAGCAUUUGACUUGGCAACUCACGUCUUCUGUCAUGCAUGCGCUCUCUGUCAAGAGGGCCGUGAGCUCCGUCGCAGGUUGCCUCAUCCAGGCUUUAAUGCUCAACCGGUAUUGGUUAUGAUUCCCCCAAUGGAGCAGAGUAUGGGACGUGGGGCUUAAGAUUUCUUCUUCAUCCUGGAAGUGUUAGUCCUGUGUAUGUUACUGUUGCCCAUUAUAAAUUGUUGUUGUACCGUGUUAUACUUUUGUACGAAGAGGAUCUUUGUUCUAUUUUUUUGAAUAAACAAGAUCAUGAAACUUCAUUUAAUUUGCUUCUCUACCUUUAUGUAUGAUAAUUAUAAACAUAUAAAUAUAUUUGUAUAAUCCUAUUUAUUGUA